GAGGGCACGCGCGCCAGCGCCGUGGUCGGCGACGGCCGCGGCGGCACGCGCUGCUUCGCCGGCCGCCCGCGGCGCACGAGGGCGGAGGCGCAGCAGGACGCGGCCCUGGCAGCGCUGCACGCGCUGGCGAGCGAGAGGGGCGAGGAGGCUUCGGCCUGCUGCCGCCGGGCCCCGAGGAGCUUGCCGCCAGCUCACCUCUCUCCUCGGAGACGCUGGGCGCGCUGGAGGACUGCUUCUUCGGCGUGGCCGGCAGCAGCGCCAGCACUUCCCGGCCGGACCCGGGCUGCCUGGAGGGCACCAGGAUCGUGCUGCAGUAUAGGGUCGCGGUCGAGAGCCUCUCCGCGCCCGCGUCGCAGCCUGCCCUCGUGCUCGAGGAGUGCGCGGGCCUCCGGCUCACCGUCGGGGCCCGCGUCGUGCAGGAGCCCAUGGAGCGGUUGGCCCUGGCCGCCCCGCUUGGGGAGCCCCUCCCGGGCUCUGUGCCGCGUGCCUGCACGAGGGCCAGCACCGGCGGCUGCGGCUGGAGCUCCGCGUGCUCGAGCGCCUGCCGCCGAGCGCGGAGGGGCCCGACUCCUCCUCGAGGGCACGAGUGCCCAGGGCAGUUCUCGCCACCGCUGGGGCAGCAGCGCCUAGACGCCAUCGUGCACAUCAUGCUCUGCCUGCGCGGCGCGCGGAGCGCCGUGGACCUGGGCUGCGGGGGGGGCCGGCUGCUGGAGGCCCUCCUCGCCGCGGGGCUGGAGCACGUCGUCGGGGUCGAGCGCUCGGAGAGGAGGGCCCGGGCGGCGAGGAGGCGGGCAGAGGCCGCGUGCGGCGAGGGCCAGGUUUGCGAGGUCGUGGUCGCGGACCUGCUCGUGCCGGAUGAGCGGUGGAUGCACGUGGAUGCGGUGGUCUGCAGCGAGGUCCUCGAGCACUUGACCGAGGCUGACCUCUCUCGCCUGGGCCGCGCGGUGCUGGGCCCCAUGCCAGAGGUGGCUAUUGUCACUACGCCGAACGGCGAGUUUCGCUUCUCCGGGCAGGGCAGCACCGAUGGACCGCGCGGCUCCCUGAGGCACUCCGACCACGAGCGCGAGUGGACCCGUGCGCAAUUCCUCGAGUGGGCUGGCCGCUCGGCUUCAGGCCACGGAUACAUUCGGCGUCGCCGACCGGUGUCGGCUACCUCCCAGGCCAUGAGGAUCAGGGGCCAUGCACGCAGAUCGGGAUUUUCAGCAGGACAUCGGCAUGCAGACCGAUGUUCGCCGAGCUCCACGGAGGUGGUGCCGCCGGAUCCCUGCAGUCGCGGCAGGCACAGGUCGGCGCAAAGCAGGACCUGGCGUUUAUUGUGGCCUCAGCCCUUCGGGUGGAGGAGCUCGCCUCGCGAGGCAGUCUCCGGAAGCACGUGCACCGUGAAGGGGAGGGAGACUGCCCCGCCUACCACUCCCGCAUCCGCGUGCACUACGCCACUGUCCUGCUGGACGGGACCUGCGUGGACAGCAGCCGAGACAAGAACCGCAUCACCCCGGUGGCGUUCCAGCUGGCCGGUGGCAAGGCGCACGAGGCGUGGCACCGCUCGGUGGCGACCAUGCGCCGGGGCGAGGUGGCGUGGGUCGAGAGCCCGCCCGAGUACGCCUUCGGGCCCCUGGGCGCGCCGCCCCUGAUCCCUGCCGGCCAGGCCCUCUGGUUCAAGCUCGAGCUCGUGGACUUUCGGCCGCCGGGCACCGUGCGCGGCUGCACGGAGCUCGCCCCGGCGCUGGAGGAGGCAGAGAGGCACCUCGGGACGGGCCGCGAGGACAUCAAGCGGUCGGCCUUCGCACAGGCCCGCCAGGCCUUCCGGCGGGCGCGCGUUGCCAUCCCUGACAAGAUGCUCGUGGGUCAGCCAGCCGUGGACGUCGCGAGGUUUGCGCGGGUGGAGCGGUCAUCCCUCCUCAACCAGGCUUUGUGCUCGCAGAAGCUCGCGGAGGGCGCCGAGGAGCUUGCCGAGCGCCAGGGCCAUUGGGCGGACGUCGUACGCGUCUGCAGCACGCUUUUGAGGCGGCACUCACAGGGCGCGGAGGCGGCUGAAGCGGAGCACCGCCAGGAGGCGGGCGGCGACCUCGCGGCAGUGGCCGCCGCGAUCAGGGCGGCCUCGGCAGACAGCGUCAACGACUGGGCGGCGAAGGCCUACUUCCGCCGCGGGCUGGCCCGCGAGGGCUUGGGGUUCGCAUGUGGCCCCCUAACCUCACCGACGCGGUGGGCGACCUCGAGGCCGCGCGCGGUCUGCAGCCCGAGGACGCCGCGGUGGGGCGGCGCCUGCACGCCGCGAGGCAGCGCCAGCACAAAGCGGAGCUGCGGCCCUCGAGGAUGUUCGCCGGCAUCCUGGAGCGCGAGCGCGCGGAGCGCGAGCGGGAGGAGGCCGCCCGCGCGCUGGAGCAGCGCCGCCAGCGCAGGGACGAGCGGCUGCGCCGCCAGGCGGGCAGCGCCGCGGUGGCCCCGCAGUGCGGCUGAGCCGCCCUGGCUGCGGCCCCGGCGGCGGCGGCGGCGGCAAGUCGCGCGCGCACGCGCGCGCCAUUGGCGGCCCACGCUUGAAAAAAAAGAAGAAUAAGAAGAAGAAGAAGAAGAAGAAGAAAAAGGAGGAGAAGAAGGAGGAGAAGAAGGGACCGGACAGCAAGAGCAAG